GGGCGUCAUCGUCAUGUGGUAGAGAGACCCGUGAGUUGUAUUGCUAGAUAGUAUCUAGAUAAAUAACGAGCCUCGUCCCAAGGCUGUUGCUUGUAAGGAGAAGACAGAUAGAAUAUCAGAAACCUCAACUUCCAUCAGAGGAUUACAACCCUACUACAUCAAACUUCUCCUGCAAAGUAGCCAUGGCUCUCGAUCGUAUCGUCAGCUUGAUUCUGCGUGCUGCAGAGCUGGUAUUUGCAGCCAUCGUUGCAGGCGUCAAUGGCGAAUACCUGCACAAUGCCCGCGGCGCAAGCUCAUGGCAGCUCGGCCGAUUCAUCUACACUGAAGUCGUUGCCGCGCUGGGAAUACUGUUCUCUCUGCUGCUCCUCAUUCCGUUCUCGAGCACUUUUGUUCACUGGCCUCUGGACAUCUUCAUGUCCAUCAACUGGUGGAUCGUCUUUGGUCUACUCGUCGAUCUCAUUGGAAACUCUUGCGGCCGUGUAUUUGACUGGGACAACGUGCAUCCCGUUCACGGAGAUCAGUGUGGGAAGACCAAGGCCGUGAUCGCCUUUAGCUUCCUCUCGGCACUUCUCUGGCUUGUUUCGGCUCUCGUAGGCUUCUUCUGGGUGCGCCGACGCGAGCGUACCGUUGCCCGUGCUGAGGCGGCUCACCAUAACCGCCGCCGGGGCCCCUGGUUCCGUAGCCGUGUCUAAGAGCAGAUGCAGUCAGGCGUGAAGCACUCCAGCUCCGUCACUGGUUACUAGUGAGGGAGAGGAAGAUCUCAGUUGGCGAUUUGUUGGCCUUGGCGACAUGAUUGGAUUGCGUGGAACAUUCCGAAAUGCCGUGUCGGGUGGGAACAAAUACGUGAGAUGGGUGGAUGAUUUCCUUGUUUUUCUUUUUUGUUGUCGUUUGAGUUGGAACUUGGCGUUGGACAAGGCAAAGCAAGCAACGUGAAGCUGAGCGGAUCUGGAUACCCUCUGAUACGAUUGACGGUCACAACAAGUCCUUACUGUGCUUACUCAUUUACUGAAAUUAAUUAAUGUGUACUUUGCUACUAUUUUUGUCUCGCCUAUCGAUCAACGUGGGUACAUUUAGUACUGUAUGAG